AUGUGCAUCAAGAACACCAAUUUUGACUUUUCCUUUCUUCCUAUGCAUCACACCAUAUCAGGGAUCAAAUCAACCACCAACACUCCAGACCACAAAUCAAUCCUCAAUGACUCAAAUCAAAAUCCAAAUACAUCGAUCCCUUUCUUCCUAACCGGAACCCUAGAAGAGCUUGACGUCGACUUCGCUGGAGAAAGGCAUCGAAACCCUAGAAGAGUAUGGUUAUCGUGUUCAUUGUGUUCAAGCUGCCUGAUUCGAAGUGGCCGACAUAAAUGCUGCCGACUUCACCGGGGUUUGGUUAUUGGUGAUUGUGGCGGGUUUAGAUGGCAGGUUUCAAACACAACCACUAGUUGUUCUUCUCCUCUUUCUUGUUGCUCCGUUUUCUACUGA